CAUCACAUCUAAGCUCUGCUGAUUCUCUCUCUGUGAAGGGUGCUGUCCAUUUCUUCUGAUCACCCUUGAGAUGGUGCUACACCUUCUAUGUUUGAGUCCAGCUGUGUUUGAUUAUACUGAUUGGACUUGAUUAGGAAAGCCACACACCUGUCUAUAUAAGACCUUACAGCUCACAGUGCAUGUCAGAGCAAAUGAGAAUCAUGAGGUCAAAGGAACUGCCUGAAGAGCUCAGAGACAGAAUUGUGGCAAGGCAUAGGCACUGCUCAUCACCUGUCCAAUACAGUCCCAGCAGUGAAGCAUGGUGGUGGCAGCAUUAUGCUGUGGGGGUGUUUUUCAGCUGUAGGGACAGGACGACUGGUUGCAACCGAGGGAAAGAUGAAUGCAGCCAAGUACAGGGAUAUCCUGGACGAAAACCUUCUCCAGAGUGCUCAGGACCUCAGACUGGGCCGAAGGUUUACCUUCCAACAAGACAAUGACCCUAAGCACACAGCUAAAAUAACGAAGGAGUGGCUUCACAACAACUCCGUGACUGUUCUUGAAUGGCCCAGCCAGAGCCCUGACUUAAACCCAAUUGAGCAUCUCUGGAGAGACCUAAAAAUGUCUGUCCACCAACGUUUACCAUCCAACCUGACAGAACUGGAGAGGAUCUGCAAGGAGGAAUGGCAGAGGAUCCCCAAAUCCAGAUUCACCUACAUCUACAGUGACUGUGACACCAGACAGUCCUGUAUUCACUGGAGAGACAGUCAAUCUGAAAUGUGUGAUUGAGUCUUACAGUAAAUGGAGACAGAGAAAUGGCCUGCCAUAUGACUGGACACCUGACUGGAGAUAUGAGUGGUAUAAAGGCAUAGAUCGUGUGAUGUUACAGACGUCUGAUCGUUACACUGUAAACAGAGACACUCUCACUAUCAGAGGAGCUACUGAGACUGAUCAGGGUCAGUACUGGUGUAGAGGACAGAGAGAUAAAAGACCAAACUCAUCACAUCUAAGCUCUGCUGAUUCUCUCUCUGUGAAGGAUUUACCCACAUCUAAAGUGACUGUGACACCAAACAAUCCUGUAUUCACUGGAGAGACAGUCAAUCUGACGUGUGUGAUUGAAUCUCACAGUGGCUGGAGUCAGAGAAAUUACCUGACAAAUGACUGGACAGAUGACUGGACAAAUGACUGGACAGAUGACUGGGAAUAUUACCAGACACAUCAAUGGAGGUAUGAGUGGUAUAAAGGAACAAAUAACAGUGUAAUGGUACAGACGUCUCAGCGUUACAUUGUUAGCAGAGACACUCUCACUAUCAGAGGAGCUACUGAGUCUGAUCAGGAUCAGUACUGGUGUAGAGGACAGAGAGAUGAAAGACCAAAAUCAUCACAAUCAAGCUCUGCUGUUUCUCUCUCUAUGACGAAUUUACCCACAUCUAAUGUGACUGUGACACCACAGACUGUAUUCACUGGAGAGACAGUCAAUUUGAAGUGUGUGAUUGAGUCUGAUCACAGUGACUGGAGAUAUGAGUGGUAUAAAGGCACAAACAACAGUGUAAUGUUACAGACGUCUGAUCAUUACACUGUAAACAGAGACACUCUCACUAUCAGAGGAGUGAAUGAGUCUGAUCAGGAUCAGUACUGGUGUAGAGGACAGAGAGAUGAAAGACCAUCAUCCUCACAGGAGAGUAAACAAAUAAAUCUGUCUGUUAAUGUCUCAGCAGCUUCAUCAUCUCCUCUUCUGGUCACUGGUGUGGUUGUGUUAUUGAGUGUUUGCCUGUUGAUCUUCAUCUCACUGGUGCUGCUGUGGAGAUACAAGAAGAACAAAGAUCAGCAGCGUAACAUUAACCAGACAUCAGACCCAAAUCAAUCUGGAGAAUUUCAGAUGGAAAACUUUCCUCUACAGUCUGCAGAUUGUGAUCACAUUUAUGAUGAUGUGACAGAAGUGAAUAAGAGAGAAAAAGAUGAUCCAGAGUUAUUUUCAGAGAUCACAUAUUCAGAGGUCACAGUUCAGAAAAAGAUACCUGUCGAUAAAGAUGAUACCACAGCAGAGUCAAAUGAGGUGACAUACUCAGAAGUCAGAACAAAAGUAAAGAAAUGCAAAAGCAAAGGUGCUGAUGCUGGAGUUUGUGAUGCAGUUUAUGCUGAACCUAUUAGGAAAAAAGGUCCCUGAGUGCAGUGAAGACAACAGACGGCUAAAAGAGAAUCACAGCAGCAGACACAAUAACGCUUGCAUUGCUUAAGAAAUGAACUGAAGUGAACUGCUUGUGCACAUGCUUGACUAAAAAACUUUAGAGAUACAUAUGCAUACAGAUUGUACAUUUUACAUUUUACAAGUGAGCACUUAUGUUAAAGUAGUGUGAGAUUUAUAUUUAAUAA